AUGCCGGCGGCGGCGGGCGAUGGGCUCCUGGGCGAGCCGGCGGCGGUGGCGGCGGGCGCGGAGGGGCGGCGGGCGGCGGCGGACGGGGGCUCCUUCCUGGCCGCCUGGCUGAGCGCGGCGGCGCCCCGGGAGCGGCUCCGCGACUUCCAGCACACCAAGAGGGUCGGCAACUACCUGAUCGGCAGGAAGCUGGGCGAGGGAUCCUUCGCCAAGGUCCGCGAGGGGCUGCAUGUGCUCACCGGAGAGAAGGUGGCAGUGAAAGUCAUUGACAAGAAAAGAGCCAAAAAGGACACCUAUGUCACCAAGAACCUGCGACGGGAAGGGCAGAUCCAGCAGAUGAUCCGCCACCCAAACAUUGCUCAGCUGCUGGAUAUCCUGGAGACCGAAAACAGCUACUACCUUGUCAUGGAGCUGUGCCCUGGGGGCAACUUGAUGCACAAGAUCUACGAGAAGAAGAGGCUCGAGGAGCACGAGGCGCGCAAAUACAUCCGCCAGCUCAUCCUGGCGGUGGAACAUCUCCACCGGGCAGGGGUGGUCCACAGAGACUUGAAGAUAGAAAAUCUGUUGCUGGAUGAAGACAACAAUAUCAAGCUCAUUGACUUUGGAUUGAGCAACUGUGCAGGCAUCCUGGGUUAUUCUGAUCCCUUCAGCACCCAGUGUGGGAGCCCAGCAUAUGCAGCCCCUGAACUUCUGGCAAGGAAGAAAUACGGGCCCAAAAUAGACGUUUGGUCCAUUGGGGUGAACAUGUAUGCCAUGUUGACUGGAACGCUGCCCUUUACCGUGGAGCCGUUCAGCUUGAGAGCCUUAUACCAGAAGAUGGUGGACAAAGAGAUGAACCCUUUUCCCACCCAGCUCUCUUCAGCUGCCAUAAACUUCCUACGAUCUCUGCUGGAGCCAGACCCUGCAAAGAGACCAAACAUCCAGCAGGCCCUGGCAAAUCGAUGGCUCAACGAGAAUUACCCCGGAAGAGCACCACCAAAUGUCACCUAUCCAAACAGGAUUCACCUGGAGGACCUCAGCCAGAGUGUGCUGCUCCACAUGACUGAGAAGCUGGGCUACAAGAACAGCGAUGUCAUCAACACCGUGCUCUCCAACAGGGCCAGCCACACGCUCGCCAUCUACUUCCUGCUCAAUAAGAAGCUGGAGCGUUACCUGGCCAGCCUGAGGAAGGCCGAAGGCCAGGACAGUGUUUUCCACAAGAACCAGCUCUACCAGAUAGAAAAAUACAAGGCAAAUAAAGACUCCUAUGAGAUCCAGAACACCAAGGCUCUGCUGAAGGACCGGAAAGGCGCCAAGGCCGGGGCUCCCGAGAAAGACUCCAGCGGGGGAGUGAGCCCUUUCCACGAACCUCUGGCGACCAAGACAGGCUGUGUCACUUCCAGCUCCCUGGAGUACCUCGAGGUCCAGCAGCCGCCCCCCAGGACCCCUCGGCUUCUCAAGAGGCAGGAAUCUCCCCCGCAGCAGGAGCCAGCCCGGAGUGGGGGCCGAGCCAAGGACUCCCCCCUCAUCCUCAACAUUGUGCACUCCUUCGAGUCAGUUGACAGAGAGGACCAAAUAGACCAGGUUUCCCCCUCUCACCAGUACAGAAUUUUAGGCUCCCCAAUGAAUUUCCCCUACAAAAGCUCCAGUGAAAGGACACUGUCCCCGCUUUUCCCCCCAGGGAGCACGUCCCCCGUCCACCCCACCCAGGUCUCUUUCACCUACGAGGAAAAAGCGUAUCCGGCGAAGGAAGAAGCCGUGUCCCCCACCCAGCUGGUGUCCAACAACCCCCUGGGCAGCCCCAACUGUGUGAAAAGCAGGGGCAGGUUCCCCAUGAUGGGGAUUGGACAGAUGCUGAGGAAGAGGAGCCAGACGAUGCAGUCGGCCAGCGAGAAGCCGCUGGAGGCCAGGAUGCCUCAGCUGCAGCAGAUGAGCCCCACCCAGAUCUCCUUCAGCGCAGCAGAUGCUGUCAGUGGCCAGUGCUAGCCUGACAUCUUGGGAUUUGCUCUGCUCUGCUCUGGGAUUUCACCUUUUUCCACUUUAAACAAGAAGGGAAAGCCACAGGCAUGUUACUGUCACUGCGGAACACACCCCAGUGCUCCAGCAGGAAACCAGAGGUUUGCUCGUAAGGAAGGCGUUGUCCUACAUAUUGAAGUUGAAAGAAAAGGGCUCUGCUCGUGCUGUUAAGAAAUAUUAGCAUUUGGCACCUGACUGUACAGUAACACAUGUCCUGAAAGAGCCACGUGAGUGUGUAUUUUCACAGCUCUCACCUGGUGUUGCAGCAGGGCUGGUUGGAGGCGCCGAGGGUUUGGUUCCUCAAGGUGAUCUGUGUGGUGCCAGGAAUGCCAGUCCCGUCCAGGAUCUGUGGUAAGACUGUCCCUGCUCCUCCUGCCUGUGGCACUGCUCCAGGCAUUGGUCACGGGGUGGGCAGGGGGAGAAACUCCAGGUACUCUGUCCAAAGUCAGCUCGCUGACGAGCACUGCCGAGGAGGUGAAGGUGCUUUGAGCUUGAAUGAAGACACAAGUGAUCUAAACGUUCAGAAGAAGUGGGAAUGUUGGAAGUCAAAGCAGAUUUUACUGUUGGUUACAUAAAGGAGCUAAAAACAGAGUAAUUUUUUUUCCCUGAAAAACCCCACUGAUUUAAUCACCUCACUCGCAAGAAAGAGGAUUAUUUAAAAACAAGUGUCAUCAUGUGGAAAUUCACCUCACUGAAGGCCUGUUCCUUUCAUAUGAUGAGUCUGCAAAAAGAUGCUUCAAACAGAAAUCCAGAUUGCAGAAAGGCUGUGUUUGAACAACCCAGCCCACACCUGCAGUAGCCCCUAUUACAGCAAGGCAGCUUUAGACACACCUGAAGGCUUCUCUGAGAGACUGCAGUGAAUUAAAAUGACUAAUAAAGGACACAUGAACCUGUA